GCAACAGUAACUGUAAUAAAAAUAAAGCAAAAGCUGUAGGCCUAGGCCUAGGGGUUACCAGAUAAUUUAUCAUGAAUUAUUAGGCCUAAGUAUUGCAAACAUGUAUUUGUAACCACGAUGUAUUCUUAAAUGUGACAUUAAACAAAUAGCGCAAUGCUCAAGGUUUUAUAAAUAAAUUUGUUGCCUUAAUUACUCAACUAAUUGUAUUCUUGGUUGGACUAGUUGGACAUUUUCAUUAAAUUUUAUCUUAUAAUUUAUUUAAAACUUUGAAUGUACGAAUUUCUUUCAAGUUUCAUUCUGAUUUUUCAUUAAGUUACUUACAUUCAAUUUCCCAAACAAUAUUAAUAUUUUUACAGUAAAAUUUUAAAUUUUUGGAUAUUUUUUGCAAUACUUAAAUUAUUUUACUAAUUUUUUUUCAUUAUUUCCAGAACCAUGCAUGGCAUGAAAAUGAAAGAUAAUUUAGAUAAUAAUAAUUAAACUAAUUUAAAUUCAAUUUAAUAAUUUCCCAUAAGCACUUUUGACUUGGACUUGGAUUGUUUGUCUUUUUCCUUUGCUCUGCUGCAUCCAGUGUUAAAGAAAGUUAGACUAAAGACUAUAGACAAUGACAAUACUAUUAAAUAACAUAUUUUAUAGGCACCCUAUUAUGCUUAUUUAUAUUUACAGAAUAAGUAUUUAUAAUAUAUAACUACAACUAAUAGUCAUGGUGAAUUUCAUUGUAACUUUCAGAAAAUCAUUUUUAUUUUCAUCCAGCAUUAAUAAAAAAUGCCAUUAAGUGUGCUUUUAAUUUGUGACAAUGUAUUGUGAGGGUUCUGAAUUUUGCAAAAAAUAUGUAAAUGGUAUUAGUAUUAGACUCUCCCCCCUAAAUUGUAAUAAAUUUUACAAGGAAUUUAGACAUCCUAAAAACAUAUUGUCACACAUUCUGCAAAUAAACCCCCCCCCCCCAGCCAGAUGCUGGUCUUAACUUAUGGAUCGCCCCCUUGUAUAGCCUUCUUUGGUAAUUAAAAUACUAUCUAAUAUAUGUAGCAAUACUAGUGUUUAUCAUUUAUUAAACAUUUUUGUUUAAUUUGAACUAACUAUAUACAAAUUACAUCACAAUAUUUGCACCAUGCAGUGGGAGCAGGGGUAUCUUUGCUCUUCUCCUUAGACUAAGCUUAUAAUUAAUGUCCUAGAACAUAUCUAAUUAAAUUUUCAUCCACUUUCAUUUUUUAUUCCAACUUCAGAAAAAUGUCUCCAAAAAAUAAAACAUUUUACUAUUUAAUUGCACAAUUUUAAUACAGGCAGGCCAUAAACAUGAUUUUUUUUUGUCUUUCAUUUCAGCAUCUAUUUAUUUUUUAUAACCUUCUGUAAAAUUUGUUUUAAAAAAAGGGGAAACUGAAAUUAAGACUCGGAAAUGGCAUUGAAAAUAAAUUCCCAAGUUAUCAAAGGAGACAACACAUAAAGAAUUUUAUUGAUUUCUUUCAGCAAAAGCUGUAAAACAAAAAAUGUAACUUAUAGGAAACUUUUUUGAUAUCCAUUAAUUUCAUAUUAAAGCAUUUCUUUAUUUAAUGGAGCUGAAAUUUUCCCUGAAAUUCUGGCAAUUGUAAAUAAAUUUUGCAUUGGAUUCACUUCUGUGGAUGUGACUGGUGAAGAUGUCGGACAGUUACAUCAGUCAGUCCCCACCUUCACAUUACAUUCAUCAUCACCAUCAUCACAUUCGAAGACAUCGUACACCAUCUGGGGGAGAGGAGCAUGAGGAAGAAGAACUUGACCCAAGAAUUCAGGUUAGUGGUAUUUUAACUCCAUGGAUUAUCACUACUACAACUACUGUUUUGUUUUGGAAGAUUUCAAAAGCAGUUUAUUUCAUCUUACAAGUCAUGUGCUGACCAUUAGGGGUGUGCCGGAGUCCGGUCCGGAAUCCGGUUCCGCCGGAUUUUGCACUAUCCGGUGAAAUCCGAUUCCGCCGGAUUAACAUGUAUCCGGAACAACCGGAUUCCGGAAUCCGGAAUAUACCGGAUUUCGGAAUUUGCCAGAUUUUGUGACACACCGGAUCAUAAUCUGAAAUAAAAGUAAUUCUCUUUCCCGAAUUCCACACGAUCACGAUACAUUAAUCGAUUGUUUCGAGCGUUGAGCUUGUUUAAUGUUUAAUAUUCCGUACAUACCAGAGGCUAGAGUCAGCACCGCUAAUAGUGGCCAAUAGUGUAGGGACUUUGAUAAGAAAAUUUAAACUUUUUGUAAAAAUAAACCAAUGGCAUAGUUGAAAAGAUGUAAUUUUUUAAAGAAUUAUAACACCAAAAUCAUAUUUUUAGCUGUUGUAGUUUUAAAGUUAUGAAUUUUUAAAGUACGACUUGGUUUGUCAUUUUUUAACAUGGACUGCAUCUCCACAUUCUGUGAUCUCAUUCCGCCAAUCCCGUCAUGCGCAAUGACUAUAUAGUUUAUAUAAGGCAACGCAUUCCCUGCCUUAUCACUAAAAUACUGUUUAGACUUAGUUUAAACUUUCAACUUUGGCACAUGAAUAAUUAAUUAAAGCUUUCCCUGACCAAUGGUUUAAUAGUUUUUGCACACGGCAAACUCUUAUGAAUGAAACUCUGAGGUAGUACUACGAUACAGUUAUGCAAGUGGCUGUGAAUGGUUGCCAAUGACAACGUGUUGCACACGGUAAAUUCUGAUCAUUUAUAAUAUGGAUUCUACCGGGUUGUUAAAGCUCAAAUUAAAACAUUCCAGUUUAAAUGUCUUUAAAUGCAUUCUGAAACACAAGUUAUCAAUUAUUUUGAUGUAAAUAGUGAUAAUAAAUUAAUAUUUCCUAAGUAUCGUCAACUUCCGCCAUUAAAAAGGGGGGCGUGGCCAACCCCAUGGCGAAAUUAGGUUGAGCGAGCUGCAUAACCUGCUGCGAACGCGUAGAAACAUGGCGUCUCUCGUAAGACACAUAUCCAAAUGGAACGGAACUCAAAUAUAUAUCGAAAGUACUAAUUUAAUAAUAAAUAGACACACACAUCGGAAAAUUAAAAACUCAGAUUUUUUGGCGCCGAUUGCGAAUUCCCAUACACAAAAAGUUGUAGUCCACCUUGACUUACCGAAGUAUCUACCAAUAGUACCGGAAUCCGGGAGAAAUCGGAAUCCGGAUUAUUCCGGAAUCCGGAUUAUUCCGGAAUCCGGAUCCGAAUCCGGAUCCGGCGGAUUUCGCAUAAGAAAAUCCGGAUCCGGAUCCGGUUGGAAAAAACGGAUCCGGCACACCCCUACUGACCAUAUAGCCUACACAAAGUGUUGUAAUAAUGAUUGAAAUCAUCAUUUAGAGUUGCAAGCUAUAAUUGCAUCUGUCACAAAAUAAUAAAUACUUGAACUUUAUGAUUUUAUUAAAUAUAAAAUGAAACCAUUUUUUUUACAUCUAUUAUUUAAUUAUUAUUCCAGUUGCAUCUCUUGAAAUUGUAAACCGUUUUCUCUUCUCAAAGUCAGUUUAUGUGCUAAUCCUUGCUUUACCGUGUACACAUUUUGUUUUUAAGAUUGAGCUGGAAAAGCUGAAUCGAGCCAGUGAAGAAAUUAACAGGCUUGAACUGGAAUUAGAUGUAAGUUGUUUUUUAUUUUUUUAAAAUUCAAUCAUCAGAGAAAUGCAUAAGACUAUUGAAGAUUUUCAAAUAUUAAACCAUAUGAAUGCGGAUAUGAUAAAACAAUCACAUAGCUAAUGUAGUAAAUAGUUCUUUUAAACUCUUGCAUAUCAUUAUAUUAGGCCUGUUAAACCAUUAUUUUUAAUAAUAGAUAAGAAAAUAAAUACUUUUUAUGCUGCAGAAGUGCAAGAGAUUAUCAAAACCUGUGCAAUUAUUAAAUGUGGUUUUUUUUUAGGAUGCUCGAGCUGCAUUCCGUACCGUGUUGUCUGACUCAACUCAACGUCUCAAUGGUUUAGCUAAGAAGUUGGGAGCCUGUGUUGACAAGGCCCGUCCUUACUAUGAUGCCAGAAUGAGGCUUAAAGAGGUAUAUGACAUAAAUAUAGAGCAUUCUUUCUAUUUAAAGAAUAACAAUACAAGCUAACAAUAUUUCACAUUUUCCAAUAAAAGAAUAGUACCCCUAUAUUUUGUAAAUUGAUAAUGUUUGUUCCCUAGAUUUUUUAAUGAUUUUUUUUUUUGGUAUUCACUUGCUUACUUACUUACGCCUUUUAUCCCGCCUGGGGCAUAGGCCUUCUACAAGUAUUUUCCAUUUAUCGUGGUCCUCUGCUUCCUUUUCCAAGUAUAUCCCAUACUUUUUGUUUGCCUCUUCUAAGUCACGUCUCCAUAUAUUCUUUGGCCUUCCUCUCUUAUUUUUUCUCUGUGGAUUCCAUAAUAGGGAUUGUCUGGUGAUGUUAUCUUGGGGGUUUAUGAAGAGUGUGCCCUAUCCACCUCCAUAUUUGUCCUUAUGAUGUCUUCAGCAAUAGUGUCUCGGUAUGUUCUUUCCAGUAAGGUUUUAUUAGUAAUGACGUUUAACCAUUGUUUGUUCAGGAUCUUUUAAAGGCGCAUUGACUGGGGCUAUUUUUAAAUUUGUCUAGUAUAGCUUGUAGUCUAUUGUAGAAGGCUUCUUUUUCAUCUUCCUUACUAUCAUUGGUGGGUGCGUGGCACUGUAUGUCUUCCUUACUAUCAUUGGUGGGUGCGUGGCACUGUAUGUCUUCCUUACUAUCAUUGGUGGGUGCGUGGCACUGUAUGUCUUCCUUACUAUCAUUGGUGGGUGCGUGGCACUGUAUGUAUUCCUUACUAUCAUUGGUGGGUGCAUGGCACUGUAUUACAUUCAUUUUUUUUUAUUUCUUCUACUUUGUUUGGAAAGUUGCUGUAAUAAAAAUUUCUUUGACCAUGGACUUCCCAUCCUAUCAAUGCCCCUUGUGACAUCAUAAAAGUUACCCCUUAUGUGUGUGGAGCAUAUUCCUCCUGAUGCUUUAAGUAUAUUAUUGUUUCUCCCGCUGUCAAUGUUAUGUGUCCAGCUUGUGUUCAUCUUGUUUCACAAAUGCUGAGUAGUGUGAGCUUGUAUGUUCUCAUUUCUGCUGCCACUCGUCCUUAUUUUCCUGUUUCGUACAUGGUUCUAACAUUCCACGAGCCUAUGCUUGUUGCCUUUGAAAGGAGAAUCCUCGGCUUUGGGGCUUCCAGUAUGGCUGCAAGACUUCAUAACUCUUCUUGAGGCAGAAGAGCCCACUCUUAUAGGAUAAGCUAAGAUAUUUUUAUUGAUCCAAAUAAAUGGAAAUUUGUUUUUUUACACUCAUCGUACAUAUUUUUUUCAGCCCUUGAAAGGCUUGUUUGAGUUUUCCGUUGUUCCUUAAUAUUAGUCUGUAGCAAGACAUUCAGCGUGUAAUUAUCAGGGAUGAAAUUUGUUUUUGUUUUUUCUCAUGUUGACAUUUCUGUUAAAGUUUUUUUUUUUUUACAUGUGUGGUAGUUGGCCUCACCCAAACCCUCCUCCUUUUGUGCCAGGGGUUGGUGGAAUUUUGGCCUUCACUGAUCUCCUUCAAACUUUUAGAUACUAAAUUUAAAGACUAAAGUGAACUAUAAUUAAUAUAACACAAAUAUAUCAUUUUGUAAAUGAAGAUAUAAAUAUUUGAUAGAAAUUAAGAAAGGAUAUGGCUUGAUAUUUUUAGGCUAUUAUUUGCAACUUUUUAAUUAAUGUUCCUUGAAUAAAACUCUUACGUUUAUGUGUUCCUUGCUUGGUUUUUACAUUCAUCAAAUGUACAGUCGAUAAAAUGUUUACUGUGUUUGAUUAAAACGAACCAUAGUGUUAAUUAAGUCAAUGUUUUUCAAAUAACUUGAAGCAACACAAAUCUGUCAGUGCUGAAGGGCAAUAAAAUAUUUCAAGAUAUUUUUUAAUGUAAAGAAGAUUUUAAAACUUGUCAAAUGUCAAUGGGUUAAAAUAUUUGAAAAGCAAUGCUUACAAUUUUAUUCACAGUCAAUGACAUUUGUGUUUUACAUAACGUUUGAUCAAAAGUUUUGUUAAAUCUCCAGGCUCACCUUGAGAGUCAGAAAGCCGCACUGAGAUUUGAGAGGGCGUGCAGCAUGCAUGAGGCAGCCAAGGAAAUGGUGCAGCUUGCCGAGGAAGGAUAUAAAAGGCGAGAACAAGAUCUGGAUCCCACCUGGCAGGAGAUGCUGAACCAUGCCACCAUGAAGGUAAGUUGCCAGAAAAUAAAAUGAGAUAUCCCUACUUAAAUAGUUUGUAUUUAAUGAAACUCGAUGAAAUAAUUUGAGAUAGUGAAAUGCAGUGAAACUUGUGUCCUCACAAAAAGAUAAUUUCAUCAAUAAUUUCAAAAUAAUCCAUAGUUGAGUUAUUUAACGAAGGUCGACCCGGUUGUUGAGUUAUUUAAGAAGAAGUCAGUCCAGUUGUUGAGCUAUUUAAAAAGAAGUCAGUCCAGUUGUUGAGUUAUUUAACAAGAAGUCAGUCCAGUUGUUGAGUUAUUUAACAAGAAGUCAGCCCAGUUGCUGAGUUAUUUAUCAAGAAGUCAGUCCAGUUUGUUGAGUUAUUUAACAAGCUGUCCAGAUUAUUCAUUUAAUUUAACAAAUUAAGCACAAUCACAUCCUUUGUAUACAAUCUCAACUUUGUAGGAAAUCAAAAUGUUGCUGACACUGUGCGAGAUACUCGUGACUAUUUACAUUUCUUAAUCUUCUAUCAAAAGAUUCGACUCGCUUAUUUAUUAUAAACCAUAUCAAAAGGACAAUGUAUGUAUGUGGUUUAUUUAGGACAAUGUACGCAUGUGGUUUAUUUAGUGGGAUGGUCAGGGAAGGACAGUGUCUAGAAACCUCCAUGUCCAUUCUUUCUUGUUCUUGUCCUCAUGGUGUCAUGUCAAGUACCACUGGGCUUUCCCAUGCGAUUUAUGCAAUCACCAGUCUUUGUUACAUCAUCAAUAAACUGGGCUCUCUCACUUCAUGUCAUCAUUCUGCUCGCAUAGCUUAAGUCAAGAAAACUGUUCAAAAUAUUGAUGACAUGCUGACGUUGACCUUGUCAUCAGGUUAAUGAUGCAGAGAGAGAGAGGAUUGAGAGUGAGGCAUUUCACCAGCAGACAACACUGAACUUCAAACACAGGGAGGAGGAGGUACAAAAGCUACAGAAAGACCUAAAGAGGAACAUCACCAAAUCCAAGUAAACAUUGAAUACUGUGUACAAAUAUUUCAAUACUUUGCAGAACAAAUGGAGUUGCUGAUAUACCAUAUUUAUAAUGAUUAUUAUUGCUGUUUUUUUUCUUCAUGUUUUUAAAUUCCCACAUCUGCUUUGUGCAAUAUAUUAAAGGAGGCACUCGUUAAGACUCAAACUUGAUGUACUGAAUUUUACUGUAAAAUACGAAUUCAUUGGAAAACUUUUUUUUCUUUAUUUAACCUGAUUUUCAGCUGUUCAAUGUUUAGUGUUUGUCUGUUACAGGCCAUACUUUGAAAUGAAAGCUAAAUUCAACCAAGUCAUGGAGGUGAGGCUUCAGGUGUCAAUGUGUGCCCAAUAUUUUACUUGUAGUUUUGUAGUCUGUACGCCUUUUCAUUUGAGCUAAUUUACACUCCACAAAACAUUGCCUAGUGCUUUCUAAUUAAAUCUCUCCUAUCAAUUUAAUGGGGAUCAGUGGUGUACCAAGGGGUUGGGAAAGGUUUUUUUAUAUUUAGCAUUAAAAAAAGGAGGUUCAGCCAGGGUGGAAGUCAUUCAAAGUAAACCCAUGAUGGAAUCAAAUGUUAUCUUUCUUCUAGGAAUUGAUAAUCUGUGUUUCUAUAAAUGGAGUUGUGAUACAAUAAAAUAUGAGAUGUAAUCAAGGCUCGCUAGCCUAUUUGGUUUGAUAGAAAUAUUACUUGAGGUUAUGAGUUGUUUAUAUUUCAUUAGCAGUUGAUAACUAUUUACAUCUUAUGAUCAAAUUACCGGUAUUAACAUCAGUGAGAAGGAAGAUCUUGGGGAGGAAAGGUGCUAUAUUUAUGUUCAUAUGUAUCUGUUAACUUUCAUAUUGUGUAUAGCUAGAGAUAUCCCCAUCUUAGCUAAACUGGGUGAAAAGAGUGUGCCGCUCCACGACUGUUUGUGAUGCAUGAUUGCAAACCUUUGUGAGUCCUCAUGGCUGUCAACUUUGUCUGCAGGAACAUAAAAGAGCUGUCAGUAGACUUGAGGAAGAUGUAGCCUCAUCCAAGGCACUCUACUCUCAGGCCCUUCGAAGUCUUGAGGCCAUCAGUGAUGACAUUCAUCGACAGAGGCUGGAGCGUAGACAGAAGCUUGAGCUCGGGGUUAGGGGUGCCGGUGUGGGGGCGGAGUCUCCUUCCCCUCCACCAUCAUGGGAAAAAGGUAGGUUUGGUCGUUAAUUAUUUUUUUUUUAUCUCAGUCUGAUAUUCAAAGGAUAUUUUUUUUAUAUCACCAAUACAGUGAGUAUAAGAAUAAGAAGCUACAUGAUUAUCUCACAUGGAUGAAACUCACUCUUUUAGUCUGGAAGAAAACACUUACCCAUCAUCAUCCUCUUUGCCUCCAACAAUGACCAACACAGAUGAAGCAAAGACCGAGUUCCAUGAAGAUCUUCACUCUGUCACAGCUGCCGUUUCAAGACAGGACUAUGUUAUAAUUCUUGUUGACUUCAAUGCUAAAGUGAGCUGUGACCACAUCACCUGGGAUGGGCUUCUAUUGAAAUAUCAAGUGAGCCAAUGCAACAGCAAACGUCUUCUUUUUCUCCAGACUUGGUUGGAUGCACCUUGGCUCCAAACAUUCGCAUCUCAUUGACUAUUUUAUCAUCACCUGGAAGGAUGGUCUGAACAUGUGUGUGGCUGAGUCAAUGUGUGGUGCUGAUUGCUGGACAGAUCAUAGUCUUAUUUUCACCAAGCUCAACCUUCACACCCAACCCAAAAGAUGUCCACAUAGGAAGAAGACUCCUAAACAUCUCAGCACCAAAGUGGAAAAGUUUUUUUGGAUGCUCUGGAACAUUGUAUGGAAUCCACAUUUUGGGAAAAUCACCAAGUCGAAACCUCAUGCUGACUGAUGCCUUCAGAAAGAGAGACUUUGGGAUCGGUAUCAGAUACCAAAUCCAUGGCAAGUUAUUCAAUCUCAGGAGGUUACAUGCCAAAUCCAAGGUCCUGUUAGACAUGAUUAUGGGCUUUAUGUGUGCCAACGGUUGUGCCCUAAACCUUGGACAAGAAGCAGAUAUACUAUGUGUUGUUGCAAAUUUCUCAAAUGCCUGCACAAAUUUUAGUCUCAACAUUAACAUAAAAUAGACUGAGGUCCUACACCAGCCAGCUCCUUGAAAACCUAAUGCUCAGCCCAACAUUCAAGUAAAUGGCCUAAUGCUUGAAGUAGUAGAAAGUUUCUCUAACCUUGGUAGAACACAGCCCCAAAGUGCAACUCUUGAUCAAGAGGUUAACCUCUGUGUUGCAAAAGCCAGUGCAACCUAUGGCAAAAUGUCUUGGUAGGUAUUGCCCAUCAAUCACGAGGUUAACCUCUGUGUUGCAAGAACCAGUGCAACCUAUGGCAAAAUGUCUUAGUGGGUAUGGACCAUCAAUCACGAGGUUAACCUCUGUAAUGCAAGAACCAGUGCAACCUAUGGAAAAAUGUCUUAGUAGGUAUGGACCAUCAAUCACGAGGUUAACCUCUGUAAUGCAAGAACCAGUGCAACCUAUGGCAAUUUGUCUGAAGUAGGUAUUGACCAGGAGAGGUAUCAGCACUCAAAAUAUAAGUCUAAUAGGUGGCUGUGCUCAAGCAUUUAAUAGCAGGACAGUGUCUUAGACACCAAGGCAGGUCUUCCAAGGCAGGUCUCCCAAGGCUGGUCUCCCAAGGCAGGUCUCCCAAGGCUUGUCUCCCAAGGCUGGUCUCCCAAGGCAGGUCUCCCAAAGCUUGUCUCCCAAGGCUGGUCUCCCAAGGCUGGUCUCCCAAGGCUGGUCUCCCAAGCAUCUUUACCAUUUGAAAGUAGUCUGAGCUUCGCGCAGAUAAGGACAUGUGAGAAUUUCAGAUGACCACUUGCCAGCCAAAAAAAAUGUUUUAAGCGAGCUUGAGCACUGAAGGCGGUUUGCUGGUGAGCAGAAGUCAACCCAAAUGCAUCACUGAUAGCAUUCGAUAUAAACCUGGAUAAUAUGAAGAUCUGACAUAAUAUCAAGCAUCGUGACGUUCCUCUUUGCACAAAGGCUCAAUAUAACAUGAAGUCAACAGAACAGCAGCUGCAGUGCAAAAAAGCACCGAGCCUUGCACCAACUGCACAAUAACAUUACAUGGCAGAGUAGGCCUAUCAGCCAUCCGCGCACCAACCAGGAGAAUUAGAUACAGCCAAUAUCCGACUAUUAAAAUUAUGGUGUUGAUAGAUUUCAAUUGACUAGAAAAGAAAUGAUAAAAUUACAUCUUUUUAACUUAAGCUUUUGUUUUGCAUAGUGACAAGUCUAUCUGAUUCCCGCUACAGUCAUACAAUAAAAUGGCCUGUUAUAAUUUCAGGUUCCAAUAUUGAAGGGAGUGCAUCGUCACAUACCUUUCACAGAGAUGUUGACAGUGGUCCUAGGGGGAAAACAUCACGCAGUUUUGAGACAGUUCUCAAUGUCAGUCAUUUAAACAGGUGGGAAAGACUUUUUCUGUAUCCUUGCCUUAGCUGUCACAUCCUACAACAGUCACAGCUCAUAGCUGUCACAUCUCACAGCAGUCAUACAAUAGCUGUCACAUUCCACAACAGGCCCAUCUCAUAGCAAUCACACCUCAUAUCUGUCUCAUCCCUGCAACAGUCACAUCUCAUAGCAAUCACAUCUCAUAACUGUCUUAUGCCACAAGCUGCCUAUCCUAUCACUGUCAUCGCUAAACAAUCGCAUUCUGUAACUGUCACAACCCACAACAGACCCAACAGUUUUGUGUUAACACGUUUGUUUAAAUAUGUUAACAAUUACAGUGGAUUGUCAUUGUUUUACAUCUGGAUGCCCCUUUAAGAAGCCACAUCACCUCACAAAGUCAGACAGAUGCUCAUUGAAUUAUUUGUUUGUGGAUUCACAAGUUUUAUUUAGCCUUAUUGUGUUGUUGUUGUUCCAGCAAACCAACCGGUAUUGUUUGCCAUGAGCCAGCAUUCCGCAAAAAGACUUCUAUCACAGAGUCCCUGUUGAAAGAUGGGAUCUUUAAGCCAGAUCCCUUAGAUGUUGUUGUCUUCAAAACUGUUUUGUCUGACUGUAGAGAAUCAUCUCCCGGCUUAAAGGAUAUGUCAGCCCCUCCUGGUCAUCAUUCAGAUACAAGCCAAACCCAUGGGACAGGUCAGGAUAGUAAUCUGCCAUGUGUCAUCUACCCUAACCGUACCCGUAGUUCUAGCUACAGAGCUGCCAUAGAAAUGUCAGGGGGUACAAGUCAAGGUGGCCCGGGGUGGUCCAGGAGCGACAGUAUCGUGGAAGGUUUGGAAGACAACGAAAAUGCCAAUGUCGGGGCCCCUGUAGCAGAGAACCUGAAACCUCUGUCUUUUGAAGUUCAUGAUUCUGCCAAAAGACAACAUGAGUUUCACAAAUCCAGCUCCAUGGAUAAAGAGUCGAACGCUUCUACUUUAUCUUGCUCGCCGUCAGGAUCACACAUCAGAGAUAUGGAGCUGAGUCAGUCCAGCGUGCGGCGUGCCCAGGAGUGGGUCAACAAAUCACCGGUACCCCAGCAAAGGAGCUUUGUUAAAUCAAAAAGUCUGAUUGAUGCCUCAUGCUCAUCGCUGUCGGUCGACCAGUCACCAAACCAGGAGCUUUCAUCGUCUCUGACCAGUGAUCUGAUGAGAGCGAUGACCAGAAAACCCACUUACGAAAUCCACUGGCCUCCAGUCUUACAGCCGCCAUCUCUACACACUCUGUCCAUUUCAACUCUUUCCGGUGUACCUACCUCUGACGGUUCACCCGACACCACCUGUCAGCCGAGCUCUCCAACAUUACAUAGGAAAUCUCCAAAACUCCAAGGUCUCAUUUUGCGUGUGGAUCCAGCAGGUCUGAAUUCCUCAUCGGGGCACUCACCUAUCAAUACCUCUUCUAACUCGGCUACCUCAUCCAUCGAACUAAGCCCCAAGCCUAUGAUCACAACACAGCAGCUGGGGUAUUUUGUUGACAAAAGUGGACAUCCCCUAGCUACAUCUCAACCGUCGCAGACCCCUGUUCCCAGGCCUCCGACGUCUUUAAUAACACAACAUCUGAACAAGGUGAUGAACGUCGCCAAGGUUUCAUCCUACUCCUCUAAAACCGCCCCAUCCACACUGAGCGCCUCCUACACCAUCUCCAACCAUUCCUCCAACAAUCACCACUCCCCGACAUGGAACCCGCCCCCUACCCAUGUCCAACCGCCAUCGGCGUCCCUUCGACACCAGCUGACGUCACCAACACCAUCAUCGCCAUCAGCUGACCGAAUUUCAUCUGGCAGAAGUGACACCAUGUCUGUUUCUAGCAAUCGUGGUGCAUUUCUGAAGCCUCCAUCCGACAGCUCUGAUACCGAAAGCAUUGCAAGCACAGGCCCGAUGCUGGAUGAUGACCAGGUAAAUAGUUAUUAUGCCCAUUUGCACCUCAUAGCUUUAGUGUUGUAUAGAGAAUUUAAAGGGAGGGGCAGAAAUACUUGCAUAGAUGAGUACAAGUCCUGAGCUUUAAGGGAGGGGCAGAAAUACUUGCAUAGAUGAGUACAAGUCCUGAGCUUUAAGGGUGGGGCAGAAAUACUUGCAUAGAUGAGUACAAGUCCUGAGCUUUAAGGGUGGGGCAGAAAUACUUGCAUAGAUGAGUACAAGUCCUGAGCUUUAAGGGAGGGGCAGAAAUACUUGCAUAGAUGAGUACAAGUCCUGAGCUUUAAGGGUGGGGCAGAAAUACUUGCAUAGAUGAGUACAAGUCCUGAGCUUUAAGGGUGGGGCAGAAAUACUUGCAUAGAUGAGUACAAGUCCUGAGCUUUAAGGGAGGGGCAGAAAUACUUGCAUAGAUGAGUACAAGUCCUGAGCUUUAAGGGUGGGGCAGAAAUACUUGCAUAGAUGAGUACAAGUCCUGAGCUUUAAGGGUGGGGCAGAAAUACUUGCAUAGAUGAGUACAAGUCCUGAGCUUUAAGGGAGGGGAAGAAAUACUUGCAUAGAUGAGUACAAGUCCUGAGCUUUAAGCUGAAAAGCAGACAAUGAAAUAUCAAAAUGAACGCUUGCUUUUAGAUAAAAUAUUUAUAGAAGUCUUUAAGUUGUCAAACUUGCUCUAGGACACUUUGCUCAACCUUCCUAAUGAUGCGACCCUUAAAAAUACAGUUCCUCAUGUUGUGGCGACCCCCCAACCACAAAAUUAUUUUUGUUGCUACUUCAUAACAGUAGAGUAUGUGUGUUUUCCGAUGGUCUUGGGCGACCCCCGUGAUAGGGUCUUGCGACCACCAAAGGGGUCGCGACCCACAGUUUGAGACCCGCUGCUCUAGGACAAAGAAACCACUACUUCCAAUAACAAAUAGUUCAUUCAAGUUUUAAUAAGAAACUUGUUUUAAAUAGUUAUUACUAAAAAUAUUAAUAUAACCAGUUUUUUGGUGGUGCUUUUUUUCAUUUACAUUUUUGUAUAAAAACUAUAUCUGUUAAAUGAAAAAUGCAAUUAAUUUAAGUUGCUAUGUGAGGGACACUGCUGUGAUAAUCUUCAAAUUUUUGACAAAAUCAACAUUUAACUUAGUCUCUUUGUGGGUAUGUUUUCAUUUGCUGACCAACUUGUGUUUGAUGAAAUAAGUUUAUGUCUGUCAUUGAUGUGCACAGGUUGAACUCAUCAAUAUGGACUUCUCGGAGAACAGCAUCAUCACAGAAUCAAAUGACGACAGCCACUGUUAUGAAGACAGGUCUGCCAUCACACGGGGCCACUGGUCCCGCCUCAGUCUCCCUCCUAGACUCAGUUACCUUGAGGGCUUUCUUGAGAGGGCGCGGAUGUUCACUGGAGAAGCGUGCGAGAAAUCUGAUCCUAGCAGCCAACAGGAUGACAUGGAUAUGUCGGAGUCAUCCACCAAUGGCAGUCAUUCGUGUCAGGAUAAGUCAGACGUUGAAGACAUUGAAGAUAUAAUCCCUCAACCUGGUACCAGUCACGGUGGAUUAGAUCAUAAGGCGGCGCUUCUCAGCCCCAUGCCAAAUGAUUGUAGUGAUGAUCCAACAGGCGGUGGAAGUCCCAUUUUGCAGGAAGACGAAGAAAAAGCAUCAGCCAAGUCCCCCGAGGUCACAAGCGGUUUGGACAAUUCCUCUGUAAAUAAUAACAGUAUGCAGGUUACCGUCACUCUAAGUCUCCCUCCAGAACAAGCCCAUGGGCCGAACUCUAAUCAAAAUGCCCAAAUCAAACCAGUUGUCUCCUCACUACGCAUGCAACUGGAGAAUGCAAAAAUUGAUGAUAAUGACAAGACACAAGAAGAAAAACUGACAGAUCAAGAUGUGAGCUCAACAAAAACAGAUGUUAGUUUAGAAAAUGACUGGGAUAAGAGUGAGUAUUUUGUGUAGAUGUGUAAUGUUAACUAGGAUUAUGAGAAUUUAGCUGGCAGUUUGGUCAGAGAACAUUAGUAUUCUAGUGGAGAAAUCAAUCACAAUAAAGCCUAUUAUAGUGGAGAAAUCAAUCAAAAUAAAAGCCUAUUAUAGUGGAGAAAUCAAUCAAAAUAAAGCCUAUUAUAGUGGAGAAAUCAAUCAAAAUAAAGCCUAUUAUAGUGGAGAAAUCAAUCAAAAUAAAACCUAUUAUAGUGGAGAAAUCAAGCAAGCUAAAGCCUUUUUCGGGCUCAAUGCUUAUUUUGGGGUUGGUGUUCACUAAUUGCAAGUAAGAAUUGGUUUCCAGAUUCUUGCAAGAGCAGGUUAUAAGAUUACCUUGAUACUUGUUAGAGGUAACCUGGAAUGUUUAAACAAGAACACUGAUACUGUUACGUAGAUAUGUUUAAAACUUAAACAAGAUCACUGAUACCGUGCUGUUAUGUAGAUAUGUUUAAAACUGUAUAGAUCUGAAUUUUUCUAGCCUUGCUUCCAUAGAUUAUUGAUCUGUGUGUUGUCAGUAUGACAUAUGUCAAUCAAAUGCCCCUGCCUAUACUCAGUAAACAGAGCUAUUUAUGACCCUUUGGUCAGGUCCCUGACCUCGUGCAAUCUUCUAGCAGACUAGUCUUUUGGCAUAAACUUUGUUUACAUUAUUUUUCAGUUUGCUUAUUUUAAAAAUUGUUUUAAGUUUUUGUUUAUUAAACAUAUUUGUACAUUCUAGAAAUGUAAAGGUAUUUAUUUUUAUUUUUUUUGAGAAUCUUCCCAUACAAAAUGUGUCUGGCAAUUUUGGAG